AUGAAUCAGGAUGUUCCUGAACUCCUCUUUACUUUGAAGGAACACUCCGGACCUGUAUGGAAAAUCGCAUGGUCUCAUCCGCGUUAUGGAUCUCUUUUGGCUUCUUGUAGUUAUGAUGGAAGUGUGAAGAUUUUCAAAUUUGAAGACACUUCCUAUUCGGUCGUUUACACAUAUGAAGGACAUAAAGCAUCUGUGAACUCUGUGUGUUGGUCGCCUUAUGAAUAUGGUGCUUGUCUCGCAGCGGUAUCGAGCGAUGGUUCUAUGUCGUGUAUAUAUCAGAAGAAUGAAUGGGAAUGGGGAACAACCCAAACGAUGAUUUGUCAACUGGGCUGCAACUGCAUCAGCUGGGCUCCAUUCCGUCCGGGCACGUCGGAAAACGCGAAUAUUCUGCGCGUAGCGAUCGGAGGCGGCGAUGGGUAUGUGCACAUAAUGGAAUGUGGACAAUCGGUCGAAAACGGGUGGGAAUUCGAGUCGAAACUGAGAGGACAUAAAGAUCGAGUACGAGAUGUGGCGUGGAGCCCGCAGAUCGGCGAUUCGACGGAUGUAAUCGCAUCGUGUGGAAGAAGCAAACAAGUACUGGUUUGGACGCGGAAAUGUGGUAAAACGUGGAAACAAAGUCUGAAUAAAAGCUAUUCGGAAGCAGUAUGGAGAGUAAACUGGAGUGUGAAUGGAUGUGUGCUAGUUGUGAGCUACGGCGUAGACGGAAUUGAUAUGUGGAAAGAAAGGCUGGAUGGAACGUGGGAAAAUGGUACAAAUGGAAGUGUCGAAAAGGACUGAUGGAUGAAUGGGGAAUUGGUGGAAUGUAGAGAAUACACAAUAGGAUGAAAUAGAGAUAGAUAAAUAGUUGGAAGGAGGAGAAAGAAAAAAGAAAAAGAAAGAAAAGAAAAGAAAU